AUGGAAAUGAGUACAACAUUAACAUCGGCCAUAUUAAAUAAUUCUUCACUUUUAACUACUACUCAAUCAACGACAGAGCCUUUAACAACGACUGUCGUUUAUAAUAAUCAUUUAUUUUUACAUACAACUGCUUGUCAAACUAUUGCUGGAGCAUUUACUUGGGCAGCUAUUUUUAUAACAGGUUAUCAUAUUUAUCUCCAUUUACGUCAUUAUACUGUACCAUCAGAACAAAAAUGGAUAAUUCGUUUAUUGUUCAUUGUACCUAUAUAUUCAUUUGUUUCAUGGCUUAGUUUAAUUAUGUUUAGAAAUAAUUCUUAUUAUGUUUAUUUUCAUGCAAUUCGAGAUUGUUAUGAAGCUUUUGUCAUCUACAGCUUUCUUUCGCUUUGCUAUGAGUAUUUGGGUGGUGAAGGCGCAAUUAUGGCAGAAAUUCGCGGAAAGCGUAUUGAACGAAGCUGGUGGACAUGCACAUGUUGUAUUUCAAAUCAAGAAUAUACAAUUGGAUUUUUAAGGUUUUGUAAACAAGCAACGCUUCAAUUUUGUUUAGUGAAACCUUUGAUGUCUCUUGUAACACUUAUUUUACAAGCAUUCGAUAAAUAUAAAGAUGGAGAUUUUUCACCGACCGGUGGUUAUCUUUAUAUAACAUUGAUUUAUAAUGUAUCUGUAUCGGUUGCACUUUAUGGUUUAUUUCUAUUUUAUGAAGCAACUAAACAUAUUUUGGCUAAAUAUGAUCCUGUAUUGAAAUUUCUUACUGUUAAAUCGGUGAUUUUUUUGACAUUUUGGCAAGGUGUUCUUUUGGCUAUUUUUGAACAAUGUGGUAUUAUUCAAGCAUUUCAAGGAAAAACAAAUUUAAGUGUCGGUACUGUUGCUGCUGGUUGGCAAAACUUUUUUAUUUGUAUUGAAAUGUGUUUAGCUGCUGUGGCACUUUGUUUUGCUUUUCCACAUCAACCUUAUAUAGUGCGUGAAAAUUAUUUUUCGGCAUCAUCAUCAAAUUCUGGACCAGGACCAUCAAAUACUGGUGGAAGAAUACCAACAAUGCAAAGUAUUUCAAAUAAUCUUAGAGAAACAAUGAAUCCAAAAGAUAUUAUGCAUGAUGCAAUUCAUAAUUUUCAUCCACAAUAUCGAGAUUAUACACAAUAUAGUGCACAGGAUAUUCAGCUGAAUACAGAAUUACCUUCUGUGAUUUUUCAGCUUUCUCGGACUAAUGAUGAUCGAGCACCAACAUCAACAUACGGUUUAAAUCAAAGUUCAACUAGUACUCUAUCACCAUCAAAUACUUCAGUACCUAUUGAUACAUCUUACCAUGAAGGUGGAACAUCAAUAACAUCAACAGCAUUGCCUGUUCAAUCGUCAUCAUUAUCAAAUUCUCAAGGCCAACAUAAUAUUAUUAAUAAUUUACAAAACAAAUUAAUACCAAAAUCUUUAACAAAAAAAGAUGCUGAAAAAGAUAUGUUAUUAAUUAAUGAUGACAUCUAA